AUGUCCAGCUAUAAAAAAUUGUCGGAAGUAAGCGAAAGAGACAACGAUGAUAACAGCAGCGACUCCGCCACUAAAGUGUCGCCGAACUGGAUCUACAAUUUGGGAGAGUGCGCCAUGGAUAUCAAGGUAAUCGAGGACAACGCGAAAAAAGAGUCAUCCAUCAUGAUUUUGGGCGAGCGAAACUUAUUUUGCUUGAGCGAUAGAGGCAGACUUAAGUUUAUGAAGAAACUCGACUACUCGCCCAUCUGUUUUUACCCGUACACCUUGGAUGACAGAAUCUUAACCCUCAUCGUCUCCGAAACAAGUACACUAAUAAUCUACCAAAACAGCUCGGUAAAAUGGUCGGCUCAGCUACAAUUUCUGCCGAUUUGUAUUACAAGAGCGUUUUUGAGAGGUAUAUGGGGUGCGACGGUUUUGCUAUCGGAAGAAGGCCGCCUGGAAUGCUGUUAUUUGGGAACAGAUCCCAGUCUAUUUGUUGCACCUGUUCUAAACGUUAAGGAAAUCAAUUUUGACGAGGCCGAAACACAACUGGCGGAGUUAAAUAGGAUUAUUAAGAGUGCGCAUGGAAAUGACAUCAAGGUGACAAACGCUUCGGCAGAAAAAGAAUUAACAAUAAUCAUCAACGCAAGCCCGCACCUUGAAGAGGGCGCGUUCAAAACAAACAUAAACACUACAGAAAAACAAAAAAUGUGCGUCAUAAAAAUUGACGUCGUACCCCAAGCUGUGUUCGAGGAACUUCAACUAUCCUACUGCGUUAAAACGCCUUUGAAAGUAACGCCGCAAGUCCAUUUUUUCACCAAUUUAUCCGAAAGGACUUCGGUGAACUGCCAUUGCUUUUUGGAUGAGAGUUACGAAGUUUGCAGUUUGAAUUUGACGGUUGUGGCAUCGUAUAUUUCGAGUUUGGGGGUUCCCCGAACGCUAACCAAGAACGUUAUGUUGCCUAUAACGUUGGCUGUGGACAGCUGUGCUGCGCAGAAAGACUCUGCGCAUAAAGUUACGGUUAAUGUUAACGAAAGUCCAGUGCCGUUGACUGUUUUGUUUCCUGAAUUUUCCGUGGAAAACUCCAACAACGCGAUAGGGUUUAAAAACAUCUCGGGUUCAGGAAAAGUGGUGUCGAUACUGCUGGCCAAAUCUUCGGGAAGGUAUCGACUACAAUCGGACUCAUUUGCCUCGCUCAACUUGCUAAUUGAGAUCAUUCUUGUGCGUUUAGCGAAGCAUUUUUCCAAUAAGUGCGAAUUUAAGGUUUCCUACGCUUCAGCAUUGCCUGCUAACGAGCUCCUUUCUUACGUAAAUUCGCAUUUUAAUGUGCGACAGCGGGUGAAAAAUCUCCAGGCCGAACUAAUGCAACUAAGUUGCCAGUAUAGGGUGAUACAAAAACGCCUAAUUGCCAAAUUUAAAGUAAAAAACCCAACAUCACUGGUUAAUUUGGAAUUACUCUUAGAGGAUACACAUAAGGAUAUCGUCAAAGUAACCGAUGCUUUGGGGGUGGAAAUGGAGGAAUUAAAACAAUCUAAAAUUGAGUUAUCUUGUGCCUUAAAAGUCAUCAAAAAUCUCAUUGGUAUUAUGGAUGUUAAGAAGGAUAUUAAAGAUUAUAUUGAGGCCACUUUUUGUGAGAAUAUUGUGGAUGUUGAUACCCAGAAUUGGGAGGACGUAAUUGAUGGUUCUUUUUGCUAUCUUCUUAGAACAGUUUUGGCCAAAAAUGAAAAAGAUAAAUUAAGAGCAACACAAAGCAGUUUUGAAGAGGUCAAAGAUGUUUCAAAGGUAGAAAAACAUUUAGUACAAGUUUUGGAAAGAAUAACAAAUAAGUUUUCUGAAAGAAAUGAUUCAAAGGACAGUAUUGAAGAAGAAGCAAAUGAAGACUCGUUAGAGGAAGAAAAGCCCUUAGUUCCUGUGGGUUCAAAAUUCGGUGAAUCCAGUUCUAGACUGCUUUCAGCCAGAAAAAGACAUAACCUUCAGGAAACCAUAAUGAAGUCUGAACAAUUGUAA